AUGGCAGCGGCUAUCGCCAGCUCGUUGAUCCGGCAGAAGCGGCAGGCGAGGGAGUCCAACAGCGACCGGGUGUCCGCCUCCAAGCGCCGCUCCAGCCCCAGCAAGGACGGGCGCUCCCUCUGCGAGAGGCACGUCCUGGGGGUCUUCAGCAAAGUGCGCUUCUGCAGCGGCAGGAAAAGGCCGGUGAGGAGGAGACCGGAACCCCAGCUGAAAGGAAUUGUGACAAGGUUAUUCAGCCAGCAGGAAUACUUCCUGCAGAUGCACCCAGAUGGUACAAUUGAUGGGACCAAGGACGAAAACAGUGACUACACCCUUUUCAAUCUAAUUCCUGUGGGUCUUCGCGUGGUGGCAAUUCAAGGGGUGAAGGCAGGUCUGUACGUUGCCAUGAACGCUGAGGGAUAUCUCUACAGCUCAGAUGUUUUCACACCAGAGUGCAAAUUUAAGGAAUCUGUCUUUGAAAACUACUACGUUAUUUAUUCUUCCACGCUGUACCGGCAGCAAGAAUCCGGCCGAGCGUGGUUCCUGGGACUCAAUAAAGAAGGUCAAAUUAUGAAGGGAAACCGAGUGAAAAAAACCAAACCCUCAUCACAUUUUGUACCCAAACCCAUUGAAGUGUGCAUGUACAGAGAGCCAUCGCUGCAUGAAAUUGGAGAAAAACAAGGACGCUCAAGAAAAAGUUCAGGGACACCAACCAUGAAUGGAGGCAAAGUUGUUAACCAAGACUCGACAUAGCUGACAAACACCCUCCCUUCUUCCAACUCCUCCCCUCCCACCCACCUACCCACCCCACCUGGCGAAACCACACUGAGAUGACGACAACUGAGCAAGGCAGGACCUACCGGUAGUGGCUAGGAGUCCGAACUCCAGAAUCUUCCUUUGUGUAGAACGAGGAAAUCGAACCCCAGAUCCUGCCUGUUGCAACGUUUUAAAAAACAAAAACAACAAAAAAAAGUGAAGA